UUUAAAUCUCAUGCGUCUUGAGGCAAAAAAGCUCAGAUUUGUUUUUUUUUCUAAAAGAUUUGAAGUCUUAAAUAGUCAAAAUGAUUCAAAGAGAUGAGCAUCUUACUUUAAAGUUCUAUUUUACGACUUGUUUAAAAAGAUAAGCUUCCAGUAAUGCUUCAAAUGUAUUUUUAUGUGAUUUUUUUUGUGUUUGAAGAAGUUAAUAAUUCUGCAAAUCACAGCACACAGACUUUGUAAAUGAGGGGUUUAAACCCCAUUUGGAAACCAUGAUAAAUUGAUCCUUUAAGUUGAGCACACUGGCUCAGAAACACUCCUAAAAGCAGUUGUUUACCAAGAAAAAAAAGUAAUUUAUGUCUAGUCUUUGAGACAUCCUGAAAUCUGAAAGAAAGAAAAGCUGAAAAUCAGAAAAAGAGCGCCAAUAUUUUAUCUCAAACAUAAACGCUGUUAAAAUAAAACACAGUUUUUGUUCUGCAUCCUUUCAAACCAAUUUUUGAUCAACAAUUAGCCAAUUUUCUCACUUUUUGUAUAAACCAGAGCCCUUUUUCCACUCCCAGGAUUCAGUAUUUCCCUCAGCACACUGAAAAAACUGUACUUUUUAACAUUUUUACAACAACUUGUACCUAACUGUUGUUUAAAAACAGUUGCGGCCUUCAGUUUUGACAGCUCCUGAGCGAUGAUUAGAAGAGCGGCAACAAAAGGCUAAAAAAAACAGGCAAGAACAACAAGCUAAUAGUGGCAGUGGUCGCUAGUUUGGCCAUUUGCCUACGUUUGUUUAAGCAAUCGCCUUCUUUGAAAACAAAGUAGAGUAAUGGACGGGUGUUUGCAUAUGUGUGGAGGACUCAAACGGCUGAUUCUGCUGGGUUUGAUGGACGAAUAGACGGAUAUGGACAUGGAAAAUGCAUUUGGGCAGAAUGUCGGUGAGGGGCCUGGACCCCACCUGUGCCCCCUCUAUAAAGCGGGAACCUUCCAGCCCCACCCCGAGCUCUCAGGGUGACGUUAGUCCGCCUCAGCCGAGUCCGGGGAGCUCCUCCUCGGACACCAACUCCAGCUACGGCCCCCUCAAGAACCUCGCUCAUAGCAAUGGCUUGGACUCGCCGGGCCUCCAGGGUCACGCCGCAGCUUUGGCCGGCAAUGGAGGAAGCACCAGGAGGUGUGGGGAGGAAGAAGGCCAGGUGAAGUGUGAGUUCAUGCUGGGUUCAGUCGCCAAACGGUUGUGUCUGGUGUGCGGGGAUGUGGCCUCGGGGUACCACUACGGUGUGGCCUCCUGUGAGGCCUGUAAGGCCUUCUUCAAGAGGACCAUUCAGGGUAACAUUGAAUACAGCUGCCCAGCAUCUAAUGAAUGUGAAAUCACCAAGAGGAGGAGGAAAUCGUGCCAGGCUUGUCGAUUUGUGAAAUGUCUGGCAGUGGGCAUGCUCAGAGAAGGUGUGCGUCUGGACCGGGUUCGAGGAGGACGACAAAAGUACAAGAGAAGGAUAGAUGCCGAGAACAGCCUGUAUCUGCACUCUCAGAACCCCCUCCCGCAGAAAAAAACAUUCUCUGCUGGCGGCGUGCUUGAGAACAAAGUGAUCUCCCUGCUGCUGGUUGCCGAGCCGGAGGGCAUCUUCGCCAUGCCGGAUCCCACGGUACCGGAGAGCGACAUCAAGGCUCUGACCACGCUGUGCGACCUGGCCGACAGGGAGCUGGUGGUCAACAUCGGCUGGGCCAAACACAUCCCAGGCUUCGCCUCUCUUUCUCUGGCAGACCAGAUGAGUCUCCUGCAGAGCGGCUGGAUGGAGAUUUUGAUCCUCCGGGUUGUGUUUCGCUCUCUGGCUUUCGAAGACAAGCUUGUGUACGCGGAGGACUACAUCAUGGACGAGGAGCAGUCCAAGCUGGCCGGGCUGCUGGACCUCAACAACGCCAUUCUGCAGCUGGUGAAGAAGUACAAAAGCAUAGGACUGGAGAGGGAGGAGUUUGUGGUCCUCAAAGCUAUCGCGCUCGCCAACUCGGAUUCCAUGCAAAUCGAGGACACGGAAGCGGUGCAGAGACUCCAGGACGAGCUCCACGGGGCUCUACAGGACUACGAGCUCACCCACCAUCCAGAGGAUCCGCGGCGCGCCGGCAAGGUCAUCAUGACCCUCCCCCUCCUGCGUCAGACGGCGGCCCGUGCCGUCCAGCACUUCUGCAGCAUUAAACAGGACGGCCGUGUGCCCAUGCACAAACUAUUCCUCGAACUCCUGGAGGCCAAAGCUUGAACAGCCAAUCAGCUUUGAGUGAGGGUGUAAGAAUUCAUGUUCAUAGCGUUUCACCUUUACGUCCGAAUUUGCAGUUGUGGAGCGGCAGGACUACUUUUCUAGCUAGAGCUACGCCCGUAGCGGAGCUGAAGACAAACGGACAAGCGGGAGGAAGCGCCUUCUACAGAUACUCCCCCCUCACAUGCCAAACGUAGUUUCUGCUUUCAAAAGGAAGGAGCUGAUACUUGAAGAUCCCCGCGGAUUGCUGCAGUUUUCAGGAUUUGGUCUGUUUUUGUGGUUUUUCUGUACAGAAAAUGAACGAAUGCUCUUUUUGCCAAAGAGUAGAGACGAAAUUUGAGGAAAAAAAAAACAUAAAUCGUCUACUAAAAUGUCUCAUAAAUUGUUCUAUGCUGUGAUUAGUAACUUAAAAACAAAUAAAUCUAAGAUUUAAAGAGAACUUCAGGGAAAAGGGAUACUAUGAUGCAAAUGUAUGACAGCAGGUAUUUAUUUUAAACUGACUCUGUUUGACUUUAAAAUUGCGGUGAAUUUUUUUGGUUUUUAAAGAUUUGAUAAGGUUUUCGUUUUAUUUUCUUUUUUUUUACAUUAGCUUCCCUGCUAUAUUAUAUCAUGAAAUGAAGAGGACUUUUCUGACUUAAUGUAAAAAGGCUGCAUUAUACAGUAAGUAUGUAUAUCUUGGAUUAGAGAGGUGCUUAUGUGUUUUUUUAUGGUAGAAAUCUCAGUGUCGGGUCAAAUCUGUGCACUUUUAUUUUCCCGUUUUAGCCAUAAAAUUUGGGGGAACCAGGUGAUGGCGUGUUUUUGUGUGACGAGUUUUGUGUUUCGCCUCCAUGAAGGGAUUAAAUUUGGAGGUAAUCUGAGUGCUCGGACAGUGUAAUCUGCUUUUUUUUUUUGGAUCCAUCAACAAUAUGGCAGUUCAAAUGUGUAAGUGUUGCUGUACAGUAUAUGCAUCAUGUCUUAUGCCAACAGAGGUGUUUCGUCUGGAAGAGCUGUUCUGUUUUAUUCUCAGGAUGAUUUAUUUGUAUUUUUUUUUUUUUGGCUAAUAAAUAUGAUCCCCUUAAUGCAAAGCUGAUAACACCCCAGUGUCGUCCUACGUUUGGUCUGCAGCAAAUUCAUUAAAAAGUGGUAAGUGGUUGCAGUCGACUCCACACGGGGCAACAAUGGACAACGCCGAGCCCAUUAUAGUGCAUUUAGGCCAGCUGAAUGGAGAUUUCUAAUUAACAUCCAUAAUAUAAUGAAGUGGAGCAGUCGCCCCGGAGAGCGCCCGACUCAUCGCUUCGUCACCGUCAUCCUGCGAGAAACAAAACUCCCCGCCUGGUUCACUAUUUAUAGUGACAAAAGUCUGCACUCUGUCUUCCUCUACAAGCUGCUGAAACAUUUGAUACCUUCUAUUUGGAGCAGGCGGGCCUGAGUGCGUUGUGUGUUUAUCGAUUUGUCCUCCGCUCUUCAUGCAGCCUGCAUGUCAUGGCUGUGCGAUCAGGGGGAAGGAAUUGUGUUUUUAAAAACUCCCGACUAAUGGCGCGCAAAGGUGAGACGUCAGACCUCUUUAUUGUCUGCAAAAACACUGUUUAAUUUGUUCCUUUGUUGAUGGAAUAACAAGAAUAAAUGAAAUAAAUUCAAAAUUAAAAGAAAAUGUUGGAAAAAUUAAUUUUGGGGAUUUUAAGCAGCAAUGAAAAGCUGUGUUUGGGGGGGGGCGCACCCAAAGAGAUGGACAUAACAUCAAUAGAUGGUUUGGGGAUGUUGCCAUCCAUUUUCAGGACUGUAUCCAUUUCAGGGUAUCUGAACCCAAACCAGCUCCUGUUGGGAAAAGGUGGAGUUCACCCUGAACAGUUCACCAGUCUGUUGCAGGGUCACACACAUAGACCAUUUAAAAUCACCAGUUUACCUAUAAAACAGGUUUUUGAAUUGUGGAGGAAGCUAUAGAGUCCCCACACAUGCUUACGGAGAACAUGCUAACUCUACACCACAUGUCAAAGUCACAUGGAAA